AUGGAAAGGGGGACCCAUGUCAACUCUUCGGGCUGUUCCCGGCCGGGCUCCAUGGGUAAAAGUCCGGCCACCAAGCGCUCGACAGAGUGCCCCACCUCCAGGCCCGGCUCCAGAUUGGGGCCCAGUGACCCACACUUUGUGGCUGUUUCUAUCCGAAUUUUUGUCAACGAGACUGUGGAGCUGGCCAUGCGGGAUUUCAAGUUUUAUAAUUGUGCGGCCACAGUGAGGAAAUCUGAAAACACACCAUGCUUGUCAUGUGUUAGUAGUCCGUGGGGGUGCCAGUGGAAUACACUUGACCACACCUGCAGCGACAAGGAUGACAGCAUCACGGGUUCCACCAUCAUCGGACACCGUAAGGGAUCAGAGUGUCCCCGGUUUGAGAACCCAGAUCCUGUCCUGAUCCCUGUGGGCUACAAGACUCGGAUCAGUUUUGAGGGAAUCAAUUUAAACAACUACAAGACCCGUCCUGGUCUGCCCGACUGCCGGGAUCGGGGUUGGGCCUUCAUGAUCACCCAAGGCCAAGGUCCAAGCAACGGCCUUCUGCCAGUCACCAGCUCGUAUGAUCCUCCGUGGUGA